AUGUCCAUAAGUACAAAAAACUCUGUCAAUUCCGAGCAUGAUCCAUUGCAGCAGCCGACCAGCUCUAGCAACUAUCAGACUAUACCAGAGACGACCCCGAAGAGCUUACCUCCCGACAGAGAGGAAAGGAGACCUCUUCUGUCCCCAGAUGAUCCAAGUGUAUCGCCAUUGAACGUCAGAAACGUCAGGAUUUGCAGGUUCAUCCUCGGUGCUAUUAUCAACGUGUCUUUAGUAUGGCUUGUAUUAUUGUUGAUCAGUGACUUCGUUUCAGUACCAGGAUUUGAUAACAGGGGUAGAGGAUUCAUAGAAAUUGAUCUUAUAUUGCUGAGUUUGUUUGCCAAUGCCAGUACUCUGUGUUUCUUUACUAUCCCAUCGAAGUUGGAAAGAAGUUUGGACAUGGCUAUCGCUGGAAUUGUCACACUUGAUCUGCUUAUCAUGCUAUUGUAUAGACGGUUCUUACAUGACCGAGGCGGGUUGGGGUUUGCAACCAUGCUAUGGCUAGUAGCAAGCCUCUCAUUUGGUGCAGUUUCAGAUUAUUUGGUAGAAGAGGCCAAGAAUCACGAGGAAAUUAGACUUACAGGACGAGUGGAAAGCAGAAAGACAGUAUAUGAGUUUUUUGCAGUAGCAACGCGAGUUACUCUUCGCUUGAUAACAUUUGUGCUAGUGCUACUGCUUUCCCUUAAUUUUUGGUUUCAAGCCUACGACUUCAAAACUAAACCCUGGGGGAAACUCAUUCCAGUCGGAGACUCACAGCUAGAGUUGCACUUGGCUUGUUUUGGUGAUGUCUAUUCCAACAAAAGUUUUACCCCAGAGGAAUUAAUGUUUGGAGACGUUUCAAUCAGUUCUUCUAAAGACGAACAACCUAUCAUCUUAGUAGACGGAGGCCAGUUCGUUUCAUCUGAAGAAGCUUCUGAGUGGGUUGAAGAAUUAUUUCACCUAGAUAAAGUUCAGAGAUAUUGUGUUUAUGAUCAUCCGGGAACGGCAUUCUCAAAUUCGUUCCCUUCGCCAGUAUCUCUGGGCAUUGUUGCUGACUUAUUGUACGAGGCAUUAAGCAAAGAAAAAAUUUAUGGUCCAUUUGUACUAGUUGGUUAUGAUAUUGGCGGUCUUUAUUCAAGAAUAUUUGCGUCCAGGCAUGCGUCACAGGUACAUUCGAUGGUCUUAGUGGAGGCAUGGUCACAGAGUCUGUUGAAACCUAACCCUUUUGCAAACGACAGAGAGAAAAACGGCAAGACUAAGCUUGAAGAUUUGCACAAAACCACCGGAAUAAGAAGAAUGAACGCCAAAACCGGUCUUUAUUUUUGGUGGAAAGGAAUUUAUGCACCAUUCAGUUUGAAGCGACUGCGACGAUUUUUGGUACACCGUCACGGCCCAGAGGAUCGUAUUUUUGGCAAAGAUAUCACAGUUAACGAUAAGUUCUGGAGAUUUAAGCUACAGGAACAAAUUAGUAGCUCACUGAUUAGCUACCACGAAGUCACCAAUAGUCUCUUAGAGACCAAUGGGAUCCCGAUAGCAGUCGCCAGUUCAGACGUUAUGAUCAAAAAAUCUGUAAACUGGGGACGUUGGCAGAGAGAACUGACCAAGAUAUCCAGCAAGCCUAUCGAAUGGGUUAUAACCAAGGGGAACCAUCGCCCUUGGGAUGAUCCAAAUGGUCGAAAGCAACUGCAAGACCUUUUGCUGCGUGUAAUUGAUGAAGAGUAA